GGAGAAUAUCAUGUGACUUAUGGGCGAUCACAAGGCAUUCGGAUCCCCAUAUUUCUCUUUUGUCAGCUGAGGGGAGGCUAAAGUCAGAAACACAAGUGAUAUCCAAGAGUAAGCAGCUAUGUCUGGAAAGGAUAAGAUUGCUAUUUUUCCGUCUCGAGGUGCCCAGACAGGCAUGAAGGCUCGCCUGAAGGGUGCCGAAACGGGCCACAGGCUUCUGAAGAAGAAAGCUGAUGCUAUGCAACUACGAUUUCGUUCCAUCUUGAAAAAAAUCAUCGAGACGAAAGAAAUGGUUGGCGAUGUGAUGAAAGAAGCGGCCUUCUCUCUUGCUGAAGUCAAAUUCCAGACAGGAGACAUUAACCAGUACGUGCUGCAGAAUGUUUCCACAGCUCAAGUACGAGUAUCGUCCAGGAAGGACAAUGUGGCCGGUGUCAACCUACCCGUCUUUGAGAGUAUGAUCGACGGAGCUGAUCGCUACGAGUUGACUGGAAUCGCUCGCGGUGGCCAGCAAUUGACCAAGAUGAAGAAAUGCUACCAACAAGCUGUCAAAUUACUAGUGGAUUUGGCUUCCAUGCAAACGUCUUUCAUCACUCUAGAUACAGCCAUUAAAAUCACUAAUAGGCGUGUCAAUGCUAUCGAACAUGUAAUUAUCCCGAAAAUCGAGCGGACACUAGCCUACAUCAUCUCCGAACUGGACGAACUUGAGCGCGAAGAAUUCUAUCGACUAAAAAAGAUUCAAGAUAAGAAGAAGAUUGCCCGCGGUAAAGCCGAAGCCGCAAAAGCCGCUUACCGUCUUAAGAACCAGCCCGAUCCAGCAAGUCUGAUUGAAGAGCAAGACGAUGAUAUCAUGUUCUAAAAAAACAUAAAUUGUUAAAAUAUUAUUUCAAUUUGAAACGGCACGGUUUGUAAAACUAUUAAGUAGAAUCAUAACAAUAUACUAAAAUUGAGGAGUCACUAA